AAUAUGGGUGAAGCCGAGGAUGUAAUUAAAACAGGAAAUUAUGUGAUAGUGAAAAAACAAAAAUAUACCAAAAUAUAUAAGGUGUCAUUAAAUGGAAUUUUAAUGUUAGGAAAGGAUGAAGUAGAUAUGCAAGAAAUAAUUGGUAAACCCUAUUGGACAACUUUUGAAAUGGUCCCAUCAAAAAAUAAUAAACGAUCUUAUACGUUGAAGACUAUAAAAGAGGCAGAAUCUUGGAAUGAUUUAAAGAACACUUCAUCAAGUGGUUUAGACAAUCGUUGUAUCACCAAUGAUGGUACUUCUCAAAAAUUGUCAAAAGAAGAAAUUUUACAACUUCAAGAAUCUGGAAAAUCUGGCAAGGAGAUAGUUGGUACUCUUAUAGAAAAUAGUAAAUCUUUCUCUGCAAAAACAGAAUACUCUCAAGAAAAAUAUAUAAAGAAGAAAGAACAAAAAUAUUUUCGUUAUUUAAUAGUAUGUAAACCUACUAUAGUAUCCUUACAUGAAGUAUACUUUAGACAAGAUCAUACAAGAGUAGGAGGAUUGAGAAUGGAUGCUCUUUCUCAAUUGUUAUCAUAUAGUGAUGUUCAAUCUGAUGGUUUAUAUUUGUUAUAUGACAGUGGUUCACAAGGAUUACCUGGAGCUGCUAUGUUACAUAGAAUUGGCGCAAAUACUACAGGAUUAUUAAUAAAUAUGCAUCCUGGAAAUAUACCUCAGCUAGCUAUCAUUCAAGCUAUGAAUUUUCCCAAGGAACAGAUUGAAAGACAUAUAACAGUUAAUAUUUAUAGUUUUUUAAGAUUGCAUUAUCAAGGAGAAUCUUCAUUACUAAGUGAUAUAUCUAUUUCUAGAACAGUAUCUACUCCUACUACUUCUCAAUCUGAAAAUAAUGAAGUAUUAUUAAGUAGUAAUAAUGAUUGUGAACAAGAAACUAAAGUAGAAGAUAACACAAAAGUAUCAAAAAUUGGCCAAGCCAUAGAUAUUGAUAAGACUGAAACUACAAGCAAUGGAAUGUUCAAUAUAGAUACAAUUGAAGUGGAUACAAAUCUAACUUCAGAGAAUGUUACUAAUACAGAUGAAUCUAAACUUAUGAAUGAUAUAAAUAAAGGAGAAAAAGUAGAAAAUAGAAAAACUUUAAAACGCAAAUUAGAUGAUGUUAUUGAAACAGGACCUAUUAAAAAACCAAAAUGGUUAAUAGAGACACAAUAUGCAUUGGAUCUUUUGAAAGGUUCUAAAGCUCGAGGUUUAGUUAUUGUGGCAAAAGAACAUCCUUUAAAUAUCAUCAAGUCUUUGUUGCCUUUUCUUGGUGCAUCUAGACCAUUUGUAAUUUUUCAUGCUUAUAGAGAACCUUUACAGGAAACAUAUAUAGCUCUUAAACAAACACAAAAUGUGGUAAAUUUAAGAUUGUUUUCAAAUUUCUUACGUUCAUAUCAGAUAUUACCUGACAGGACACAUCCAGAUAUUUUAACAAGCGAUACAGGUGGUUAUAUUUUAACAGGAUAUUUAGUUGAAUAAUGAUAUUAGAAGAUUAUAAUUUAAUUUCUAUACAAAAUAAGGAAAUGCAUAUACAUACAUAAGGAAUAUAUAUAAAUAUAAAAUUUUUAAAAUGUUUUUAUGAUUUUUGUAUAAAAGAAAAGAAAAGUCAUAUAAAUACAUUUUAUACCAAUCAAAACAUAAAAACCUGUUUUUUUAUUUGUGAAAAAUAUUGAUUAAAUUUUUCUAAUUAACCAACAUAAGAAUGAAAUUAUUAUAUUUAUCAAAAUUUUAACCUAAAACUUUAAAUUUUUAUAAUUAAAACUCAUAUAAAGUACAUAUGCUUUCAAGAAUAUGUUACAAUACUUAUUCAAUGAUAGUAAAGUUCUUAGGUAACACUGUCUGCUGUAAAUGAAUAAUCGAAUAAGUCCAUAAGUCAAUUGCAUUCAGUGGAUUAAAAGGAAAUGAAAUCUCCAUAAUUCAUGAGAAACUUUUUUUGUAUUUAUACCAAGAAGAAGGUGAUACUCAUUAUUAUUAUUAUUACUUAUAUUAAGACCAAAAUCUAGUACGUCAAAAACGUAAUAAUUCUUUCUAUUUUUUAUUUAAUUAAAAUUUUCCAUACAAUUAAAAUAUUUGACUUUCAUUUGAUUUUCGUAUGAUUAAAGUAAAGCGUUCGAUCAGUCAGCUCAAACCUGUAUUUCUUUUUUCGCAUGACGAGACAAGUAAAAGGUGAUCAAAUGGCGGCGAAGAAUUUAAAUAUAUAUAAGAUUUAUAUUUUACAGUGUAUUCAUCCGUAUACAUAUAUAGAUAUUUACAUUCACAUAUAAUUUCUCUUAUUGAUUUAAAUACGCCCAUCUAAAUAUAAAUAUAAUAAAUAUUUAUGUAUGUUCUACUUUCCAUUG